GGGGUACGUAUAGUAUGUGGCCAGAGCAAGCAAUGCAAAGAACAAAAUGAAGCAGGAUCGGAGACAUGCAUCUAGCUGUCUAGCUAGCUAGUGUAUAUACAGUACGUAGUAGUAACUAAUAACCGGCCGCCUGCCCGUCCGUCCAUAUAUCAUCGAUAUCGAUCCUUGUACACAGCAGCCGGCCGGUCAGUAGCUAGUACCUGAAGAUCGAUCGAGAACGCAGCAGCAAGCUAAUAAGCUAGCUAUACGACGAUCAUAUACAUCGAUCGAUCGACAAGCUAGCAAAAGUAAGCUGCUGCUAACAAGCUAAUAAGUGGCAGGCAGCUAGAGCCAGCAGCUAGCACGGUCGUCGUCGGAGGCCAACUGAUCGAUCGAUCCGACAUGGCCGAGAACCUCAAGCCCGUGGCGCUGCUGCUGCUGCUGCUGAACCUGUGCAUGUACGUCAUCCUGGCUAUCAUCGGCGGGUGGGCCCUCAACGUCGCCAUCGACCGCGGCUUCAUCAUCGGCCCCGAGCUGCGGCUUCCCGCGCAUUUCCACCCCAUUUUCUUCCCCAUCGGCAACUUCGCCACCGGCUUCUUCGUCCUCUUCUCCCUCCUUGCCGGCGUCGUCGGGAUCGCAUCCGCCAUCGUGGGCUUCAACCACCUCCGCUUCUGGAACUACCACAGCCUGCAGCCCGCCGCGGCGUUGGGCCUCGGUGCCUGGGCACUCACAGUCCUAGCCAUGGGGCUAGCUUGUCAGGAAAUCUCUUUCGACCGAAGAAACGCCAAGCUGGGCACCAUGGAGACCUUCACCAUCAUCCUAACAGUGACGCAGUUCUUUUACGUGCUCGCGAUCCACGGGGGAAGUCACGGACCCGCCGUCCCGGUCGAGCGCCGCCGCAACUUUGCAGGAUGAACGAAUGGAAACAUAUAUGCAUGGCACGGAUCUGAGGCAAAGGGAGAAGGACAAAAAAAAUUAAGGGAAGGAAGGAAGAAGCCGGGUGCUUAAUUUGUUUGUUUCUUUUGGCCACUUCAUUCAAUUAUCCGUUUGCUGGAUUAAUUUAUUGUUUGAGUGCAUUCGGAGACAUACUGUAUGUGUUGACAAUUUCAAUUACAAUAUUCAUAUGGAUGGAAUUAAUCCACAACUGGUUUAAUAUUUA